AUGGCUCGCCCAGUACCCGGCGGACCCCUUCGCAGACACAUCCCCGGCCGACUGGGCGGUGGAGAACGUCCGAUGCUGCGUCCGGCGACCGGCUCCGGGCCAGCUGCUGAAGCCGCGCAACCCCGUCUGAGCGAGCUCUUCGGCCGGAGUGACACUACGCGGUACGGGCGAAGCCCUCCUCCAGCAACACGCGACACGAGCCGAAGCGCCGCAGGCAGAGUCUGCGGCGAUUCUUCGGCCGCCGAGAGAUCUCGCUGCCCCCUGGGGACCGUCCGUAAGAAGAAGCUAGACGCACAACUGAUCAACGGCUGCAAUGAGCGAAAUACUGGUAUCGUCAGCUACGUCUCAAUAAUAAGUGUGAAGCCUGAGCAUGGGGAGUAUCGGACAUACCACCGGCAACGCCGUGAUCAGUGCCAUCUUCUCGCCCAUCUUGGUGAUCCGAGCGCUAACAAACGUAUGUCAAUGAUGCCAUACUCCGCACAAAAGGAAAGGCCUACGCUUAAGCUGGAGGAACUGACGGCUCCUGAGACUCGCGAAUGCGAGAUUGAUCAACAGGGUGCGGGUAUACUCCUCCAUCUCAAUCUCUGGAUGCGCCUGAACCAGAUCGACAUCGGUCUGACCACCCAGCCAUCAUUCUUUCGAGACGACCUGCCCGACCACUGCGCUGUCCUUGAAUAUCGGCUCGACCGAGAGCUCGCCGCGGUCGAGUUCCGGAUCGUACGUCUCGACCUUGUGAUGCAUGGUGUCGAUGACGAUACCGACGUGGAAGGGCGUGAUGGCGUUGUCCGCGACGUUGGCCCAGAUGACGAUACGGCAUUUUUUGGGGACCAUUGA